GUCGAUCUUCCCCCAUUGGACUCGCGACGACUUACGCAGCCAACUGUUCGCCCCAUCGUCAUCACAUCGCCAUCCCCGACUAGAAGAGUACGCGCACACCCCACGAUGCAGUAAACCAACGACGACCUGCCGCAACCCGAUAGGAUCAAGAGCCGCCGCCGCCGCCGCCGCCGCCGCCGCGCCCGUCGCGACUCUCUAUCUGUCCCCUCCCUCCUCGUCUCGAUCAACUCUCCACCCGUUCCCUUUCAACGCCACAGCAAAUCAACACCUCCUCUCGUCCCCUCCGCCUCUCUUCACGCAAUGCCCCCAACCCGUCUACCCCUCCUCGCCCGCCGGUCUCGCCUCACAACGACGCUCCUGGUCCUCCUGGCCCUCUUCCUCUUGGGCACCGUUCUCGUCCUCUCGACGGCAAAGGCUUACUUUUCCAUCGACAAGUCGGCAUACAUCCUUCCCGAGGAGCUGGGGACGUGGGAGGAGAUACGGUGGGGCGCAGAAGGGGGCUUGCCUGCGGGUUGGGCAGAGAGAUACCCGUGGUUGUGGAGGCUGUUGCACAAUCACGGAGGAUCCAGCGCAGAAGUAGAAGGAGCAGCGGGCGUAGCAGGUGCAGGUGCAGCCACGUCUCCAGGCGAGGGCGAUUCGCCGCCAGAGAAGAUACCGCGGAUCAUUCACCAGACGUGGAAAAGCGAUGUGCUGCCUCCGAAGUGGCAGGCUGUUCGUGAUGAGUGUGCUGCGAUGCAUCCAGACUACGAGUAUAUGCUCUGGACGGACGCCACCUCGCGCACCUUUAUCGCGCAACACUACCCCUGGUUCCUCCCCAUCUUCGACGCCUAUCCGUACGCCAUCCAACGCGCCGACGCAAUCCGCUACUUCGUUCUCCACCACUACGGCGGAAUCUACAUGGACCUAGACAUAGGCUGUCGUCGUCGCCUCGACCCGCUCUUGCGCUUCGAAGUCGUCCUCCCCGUCACUCGCCCCGUCGGAGUGAGCAACGACCUCAUCUUCGCCGCCAAGCAGCACCCAUUCAUGGACCAGACGAUCCACAACCUCGUCACCUUCAACCAUCGAUACCUCACUCACUACCCGACGGUCAUGUUCAGCACGGGACCCAUGUUCGUCUCCGCCUCUUACGGCCUCUACGUCGAGGCUCACGGCCCUGCCUCCCCCUCGAACCCAUCCGACCCUGCCGCCGGAUUCAAAGGGGUGCGCGUUCUCCCCAAGUCGCUGUACGGGAAAAACGCAAAGGAGAGCGAAGUGCCCGACGCCUUUUUCAGGCAUUACUACGGGAGUAGCUGGCAUGCGGGGGAUGCAGGGUUCCUCAUCUUCUUGCGAGAUCAUGGGAGGUUACUCAUGGUGAUUGGCGGAUGCGUCCUCGCGUAUGGAGCGUGUAGGAUGGUCCUGCCGCGUUUGGCCUUUAGCUGGAAAAAGGGACAGUACAGGCGGGUGGCGGGGGAAAGUCGAGGCGCGCGUAGUAGUAGGAGGAGGGGAGGAGCAGACCAGGGCGCGGGCGAAGGAGCGGGAUGGAUUGGCCUACCCCUUCGCGACCCGACCGCUUCGCGCACGCAACGGCGCGUGUCCAAUCUCGCGGCAAUGCGCAAUACGGCGCAGACGCCCGAUACGCACCUCGGCCUGCACCGCCACGCGUACGGAGAACCAGAAUCCCCUACGCCAACCGCGGCAACGUCGGGACCGCCUCGCGUUGCCGCUCCUAAACCACAGCGUCUCUCCCUCCCCUCCUUCUUCGAGAUCGACGAGACCGAAGGGGAAGGCGAGGAUGACCCCUCCGCAUCCGAUCGUAGUUCCGACCGAUCUCGCCCUUCCAACGAGGAGCACGAUCACGAGCCGACGGGCCUCCUCGCCUGGGCAGGCAUAGCCGGUGGCGCGGAUAGUAGUAGCAGCUCCCUCUCAGACUCGAGCACAGCAGGAGCGGGACCUCACGUACCGCGCGGAUGGCGAAGCGCACGAGGUGUGCUUCUCCUCCCUGCCUAUCUGCUCAGCAGGAUGGGAAGCCCUUCCCUCCCUUCCUUUGGCGCCAGUGCGGGUGGGAGGACGGGCGCUAGGCGGACGCGCACCUCCUUCUCCGGCGAGCAUACCGCCCCUCUCCCUCACCACCACGCGCACCAUUCACCCGCGGACAGCUGGUCCUCCUCGUCCUCCCCGCCUCCACCACCCUCGCGCUCACCCUCCAUCGUGGAUCGCGCAGCCCACCUCCUCCUUCCCCGCGGGUGGAGAGGCCCCGUCUCUGGGCGAGGGAGGACGCCCGUACCCGGUCUCGAUGCGGACGCGGAUCUGGAGCUAGAUAAUCGACAUGUGAGCGGGCCCUUUUGCGGCGAGGGGCAGGGAGAGGGGGAGAGGACACCACUUGCUGCACGGGCAGGGGAGGGAGGAGGGGGGAGGAGGAUGUCCAGCUCUGCAUGGUUUGACGAAACGGCGGGAAGCGCACCGCAAAGGGCGAGCGGCGCGUUCCUCACCCCUUCUGGCUCGGUAGCUGCUCAGCUGCCCAGCGGGACGGAUGCGAGGACUCCUCCGCCACCCUACGACGGCGCAGCAGCGGCGGCAGCAGCGGGUGGAGGGGCGUGGCCGGACAAGAAGUAGGAGUAGGCGUCGCGGUGUGGAGAGGAGCGCGCGCUUACCCCCCACGAUACAUUCACGCACGCACGCACGCACGCACGCAAUUCUCUGCGUCAGGCCUCGCAUUUUCCACGCCUUUCAUUUCUCUUUCUGCACCGCGAAAGUGGUGAACAAUGUAUUAUUGUUAGCGCAGUUCGCGAGUCGUUGCAGCGCGAAGAGCGCGGAGAGCGCGGAGAGCGUAGACGAAGUGGUUCCUUUCCAGAGUAGAGUCGCGUCGAAACGA